CAAUUUGUGAGAUUGUUCAGAUGCAUUAGUCUUUACUAUUAGCCAAUUCACCGCGUUUUACAUGGUCUUGACUACUUUUUUUUCCCUGGCACUACGUAACAAAUCGUCUGAUCAUCAAACGCAUUUGAUCGCGGGACUGGUUUGUUCGGAAACUCCGGCCCUCCGCGGAGCUCUGGUCUUCCCUGUAAAAAUAGCUACCUACCUUACCUAGGCAUAUACGCUUUCAAGGCUCCAACUUACCCCGGACUGGCCAAACAGCCAGCGACGGCAGCAUGGCGGAACUUUCGAUGGACAAAACUCUCGACAAUACCACUUUAGCCACCAUCGAGCUUCUUGAGGCUCGCCUACUCCGCCUGGAGCAUAUCAUCUAUGGCCCAGCCGGCAGCCCCGAUGCGAUCCCCGAGUCGUCGGCCACCAGCACAAUGCACGACCUAGAGCGCCGCUUCCAGGCUCUAGUAUCCAGGUCACGCGUAUACCAAGAUCUAUUGAAGAUAUACAACGAACACCCCACCCUCUUCGUCUCCGAAUCGCAACACGCAGAAUCCGACAGCAAAGCCAAACAACCCCCGACACAGCUUGACCCGGCCGCCGUGCGCGCCAUAGUCUUGGCCUCAGCCUCGCAGUACCAUGGCACCGCCUCUGCCCUCGCGGCCGUCACCCAGGACGUGCCCGUUCCCGACCCGGCGCUGAGUGCGAACCUCGUGGCAACAAUGCCCCGGGCCAGGGCAAUCGAGGCCAUGCAGCGCGCGCAGGCCGCCGAGGUCGCCGAGCUGCGGGCGAGGAGCGAGCGUGUAGUGAGGGCCUGGUACGAAGGUCGCGUGCUCAAAUACGGCAAAUUCGUGGCGGAUGCGGAGAGCCGCGUCCAGAACGUUGAAAAGACCGUGCUGAGGGCCGAAGCAAUCAGGGCAGAUGGGGAGAAGCUUUGAGUGGGGUGGCAAAUGAUGCCUGGUUACUCAAGUCUGGCAUUCUGGCUUUCAACCCCAAGAGUAGGCUCCUCGUGAUGAGCCUUGGGAGCUAUUGAAGCACUAUCCAGGUCACAAAACGCCGAGUCACGAUGGAAGGAAUCCGGUUGUGUGGCUCCAUUGUGUUGUGCUCCCUUCCCAGCCUUUCUGCUGUGUCACACCUUUUUGAGGUACCACACGGAGAAAUGGGGAUAUUAGAGUUGCCCCGAAGCUUUCCCUCGGGCUUCAGUUGCCAAAUGGCCACACGGCAUAGUACAGUGGAGGAAAGUGGAGGGACUUCAUCUUGGGGAUGUUUUGAUCUCGCAAAAUGGGAUUGGUGGUUGGUUGGUAUACGGCACAGAAAGCCCAUUCAUCGCUACAGAUGGGCAAAUCAAGUCCACCGCAAAGCUUGCUGGGAAAACCCCACUGCUUUGUUGGAACGGAAGUCAUCUUUAUCAGUUGUCAUAAGGUCGGAACAAUUCGUGUGAGCUGCGGAGCGCUCGCCUCACCCCAUGUGCUAGGGGCAUUCCAAUUCCAGUUCAGGUUCUAAUCUCGUCAGCCCCAAG